AUGCCACAACUUCAGAUUCCUUUAGGGUUUCUAUUUCUUCCCACCAAAGAAGAAAUCCUUUGUGAUUACCUUAAACCAAUCAUCAAGGGCGAUCCCAUACCUUCUGGCGUGCUGAAGGCGCGCCAUAUUUAUGGUGCAAAUCGCGAGCCUUGGAAUAUCUUCGACCAAGAUUUGCUAGAGUCUUUCUGGGUUCUCACAAAGUUGAAGAAAAAGAGCAAAUCAAGAAUCGAAAGAACCGCCGGAGAUGGAUGUUGGUUCCAACAGUUUGCCAAAGAAGUGAAGAGUAAGGACGGCGGCGAAGUCAUAGGGUUUGAUAAAUACUUCACAUACACCAGCAAGAAAAAGAAGAAAUCAAAUGGUCAAUGGAUUAUGCAUGAGUUCUCUUUGAAAGACCAAGAAGCUGUUGGUUUGAGUGAUUUGGUUAUCUGCGAGAUUAAGAAUAAGGAUGCCGCUGUUGUGAGCUCGGAUUACGAAGAAAGUGAAGGAGAAAUAAAAAAGAACAAGAAACGUAAGUUGAUGGCGGUGCCGUUGGAUUCAACAAAUGAUUUUGCUACCAUGCCCGUGGGGAAUCAGACAUUUGAUUAUAUGGCUCCAGAAAUAGGAGGCUUCUCACCCUUCUCUGCAUGUUUAGACCAACAACCAAACCCUUGGACGUCGGCAGGCGUUGAUGGCAAUCUUGGAGUGCCUGACUAUAAUUCUCACCAUCUGGAAGAAGCUAAUGAGGCUGGGGACGCCAAUCUUUUCUUCACUUUCCAAGAACUGGACAACAUUUUGAACUCCAAUCAGAGUUGA